AUGAAGAAAGAUAAGGAAUUGGUAAUGGAGAACCCUAGCAAAAAUGAGGAAGAAGAAGAUGAUGAUUAUGAAAAUCAAAGAGCAGCAGCUUUCCCAUUCUCCACUCGCAACGCUUCGUCCAAAUACGAUUUCGUUAAGGUGAAGGUGUGGUUGGGUGAUAAUGCUGAUCACUAUUACGUGCUGUCCAGAUUUUUGCUUAGUAGGAUGUUAACUGUCACUAAGAUUCCGAAUCACGUGGCUAUUAAGAUUGCUCUUGAACUCAAAAAGUUGCUAAUUGACAAUAGCCUUCUUGAUGUCUCACAAUCCGAUUUGGAAGCCAAUUUAUUCAAGCUUAUGGUGCGGCGAGGUUACAGGGAAGAAUAUAUAAACCGCUAUAAAAUGAUGACAAGAUUUCAUCAUCAAAGGGUACCUUUGGUUAUACUUGUUUGUGGUACUGCAUGUGUGGGAAAGUCUACAAUUGCUACUCAGCUUGCCCAACGGCUAAACUUGCCCAAUGUUUUGCAGACAGGCAUGGUGUAUGAACUGCUACGCACAGCAACAGAUGCACCAUUAGCAUCUUCCCCUGUGUGGGCUAGAGAUUUCAGCUCCUCUGAGGAACUAAUAACUGAGUUUUGUAGAGAAUGUUGGAUUGUUCGUAAAGGUCUGGCUGGUGAUCUGAAAAAAGCAAUGAAAGAUGGGAAGCCGAUAAUAAUUGAGGGAAUGCAUUUGGAUCCAAGUAUCUACUUAAUGGAUGAUGAAAAUAAAUUAUUGACAUCCUUGCCAGUAUUAGAUGAAGAGAAGUCUUCGAAGAAUGAUAAAAUUGGAAUGGCAGUUGAGAAUGAUUACAGUACUGAAAAUGGUAAUCAAGGCAAGAGGGAUGCGAGCCGUCAGGAAGGGAGAUCAGGGGAAAUAAUAUGUACCGUAGAUGGAGUUGCCGAUGAUCUGAAAUCUGUGGAUAUAGGUAGCAGUCUACCUGAUAAUGAAGGUGAGACCAUUAACGAUUCUGAAGCAGACAAGGCUCCUUCAGUCAAAAGAGAAAAGUCUGGUCCUGAACCCAUAAUAGUUCCAAUAAUCCUAAAGAUGGCCGACUUUGAUCAUAAGGCAUUGCUAGAGGAAUGGAUAUCUACUCGUAGCUGUGAAAAAUAUCCAAUUAAGGACAAAGAUAAGCUAAUAAGCAACUUAAAAACAAUCCAGGACUACCUUUGUUCAUUUAAGUCACAGGGUUUAACAGUUGUCAACAUAUCUGCGACAACCUUCCCCCAAACACUGGAUUGGCUACACAAUUAUCUACUCCAGUGUAUUGAGCAGGGCACAUUGUCUGUUACUAGUGAGCAGACAGUGGGAAAUUAA